CAGAGGUAUAAUCACGAUCAAAAAGACUUGAAAAAUGUCAGAUAUAUUUGGAAGUUCAUCCGGCUUAGAUAAUCCACCCCCAAAUAAAAGUGGUGCAAUUGAUUCUGAACUAGACAAUUUUCUUACGAUAGAAAAACAAAAAAUACAAUUUAAUGCUCAGAUUCAUGAGUUCAAUGAUUUUUGUUGGGACAAAUGUGUGGAUAAACCAGGAACCAAAUUGGAUAGCAAGACUGAAACAUGUCUUACUAAUUGUGUUGAUAGAUUUAUUGAUGUAUCACUUUUAGUUACGAGCAGAUUCGCUAAAUUAUUACAAAAGUCAGCCAAUAGCAUGUGAUUAUAAUAAAUGGGUCGAAAAAAUAUACUGCUUUAGUAAUUUAAAAAAUGUUAUCGAAUAUUUUAUUAGAAAAUCACUUUAAAAAAUAAAUACUAAAUUAUUA